CUCACGCAAAGCUAAAACUGCUUGGAGAAUUUUGUAACGCUUGCAUUUUGUUUUGUAUCGAGCGUUUUGUAUUUUGUACAAGAAAAAAAAAAAAUUCUGGUAAACAGAGAUCACUUGCUUACAAAACAGCCUCGAUUGGAAAUAAGGAAUUGAAUAAUAUAUAAUUAAGCUUUUUCAUAGUGGCAACAGCAUACUGCAAAGUUUGUUUAGAAUAUUCAGCUUAUGGAUAUUUAGCAUGAUAGGUGUAGAAGAAUCCGUGCUUUCUUAAAAAUUUCACGGACUUUUAUUAUAUUGGCUUUUAUCUAAUUAUUGUAACUGCUUAAUAUGCCCCAUAUGUGUCCGAGAUCGUGCAGCAGCUUAGCAACAGCUGCUGUCUUCGUCUCAGUUGGAGUCGUCCAAAUUUUUGCCGGUUUUAUUUUCUUGCAGUCUAAGUACGUUUACCUUCUAGCUGCUCCAGACAUUUGGACUGCCUUUUCUAAUUUCUCCGUCGGGGCUGCGCUUGGCAUAUCUUCACGGAUAUGGAAGAAUCUCAGAAAAGCUUCUGCAAAGCACAUGUUAAAAAGAAAUCUUCAGGCUGCCUUGAUGGUUUCAGCCAUUAUUAUAAAUACAACGACGAUCACUCUUCUGAUUCUGGGAGAGAACAAUGCUUUGCUGGCGAUUUAUCUUGAAACCAAUGGGAGAUACCAUUCUGUGACUCUAGCAAGCGAACUUCUAGCAUAUG